GAGAACUCGCCUAUGCUAAAAAGUAAAAACCCUUUCUUUGUUUAGAACUUUCUCUCUACGCUAGCCAACCGACCACCCCACCGUCUUCAUCUUUGUUCUUCGUCACCUCAGUGUUCGGCCUCCUGCGUCUGCGCCAUCGACGAUUCGACGGCCUCCUCCAUCUGCGCCAUCGUCGAAGUGCCCUAAGACUAGGGUUAGCACUGUUCGUUCUUGGAUUUAUAGGCUCUGGUUCGCUGAUUCUUCUGCUCUUCUUGGACCGGACAGUUAUCAAAUUCGUCUCUAUUUCUCCGGCUCUGGUUCGCUGAUUCUCCGGCUCUUCUUGGACUGGGCGGUUCUCAAAUUCGGCUCUAUUUCUCCAGAUCUCAAAUUCGUCUCCACCCUGUCCAGUUAAUCACCAGUUUUGCAGCUAUUAAAAAUAAGAAAUUUGGAAUUUUGUGGAGUUUAUUUGAUGAGAAAUUGAACUUCGACUUUUGCGGUUCUAACUCUUCAAGAGCAGCCAUGGAUAAAAAGGUCAAAAAACAAACAAAAAAGAAGCUUCCUAAAUUAUUAGCACCUGGUAUGUUAGCUCAAAUGCAUGGAAACAGGCCACACUUUGGGAGAAACAACAAACAGACACAACCAUCCUUUGAUGUUCAAGAAGUUAAGAAAAACACAAAUUAUUCAAAGAAAAGUAGCUCUAGUCAACCCCUUUCUCAUCCUCAUCGAUGUGUUGAAGCCACAACAUUCGAAGGUGAUAUGUCAUCUCACACUCUAGUAAUGCACUUUCAAGAGAUGGAGUUGCAAGAAAAUGAUUUCAACGAAGAUAGCUCUUUCUUGGAUAUCUUGAACCUAUGCAAAAAGUUUGUUGAUAUCUAUUCUGUUGGUUUCAAAGUAAGUGAUGGAGAUGGUGUGCCUGUAAAAUGUGAUAUGGAUGUUAUGGCUCUAUUGGAUAAAAAUGAAGGUGUUCCGUGCAUAGAUCUUUAUUUGGAAAACGAUAAAAAAGCCAAGCCCUUGGGAUUUAGGAUGCCAGAAGACCUGCCAGGAGACAAUACAUCAUUAGGUUGUCUCUUAAAUCCGGAAGUAAGAAAUGUCAAAAUACUUGGGGAUUUGAGGGCAAACGAAAAAGUUAAAGUAUGUGGGACUUUAAUUGGAGGAGUUGAGCGUUCAAGUACAGUUCAACUAUUUAUGACUCUUUCUGAAAAAUUUGACGUGAAUGAGGAGCUUCAAGCUAUCAGUGAGUCCAAGACUACUAAGGAGUUUUGUUUGCCUUUAAAAUCUGUGGGGCAGUUUGUUGUUGCAAAAUAUACUCCUAUAAGUGCGGAUGGUAAAUUUGGUGAACCUGUUUUCAUCAUAUCUGAUAAACCGGUUGAAGUCUCAGGUAUACAAAAAGAAAGAAAAGUUAGAGGAGAGAAAAAGAACAAAAGGGUUGCUGAUCUGAAACAAGGAGAAAAGCUUGAAGUUAUAUUCUAUAAUGAUCGUGCAGUGGGUAGAAAUCAAAAGUAUUGGUCACGGCACUUAGGGAGAAUUGUCCGUGAUCGCAAUAUAUGUCCUGUACAAGUGCUUGUGUGGAAGGACAUCGGACACACAGAAAAGGAACACAUGUGGGAGGCGGUCAAGGAAUGCUUUCACAAUCCUAACAUUGAUUUAUAUCGUGAUGAAACGUUGGAGCACAUGCAUUCAUUGUGGACAGCUUGGAGGUCAUCUUUGAAUGUAAAUUUUGUAAAACCUUGCAAAAAUAUCAGUGAAGCCACAAACAAUGUUCCGAAAGGUGUACUUGGUGAGGACUGGAAGUGGCUUGUUCAUAAGAAAUUUAUGACUGAAGAGUUUCUGAAAAUUAGUGAGCAGAACUCGAAGAAUAAAUCCGCAUCAGAUAUGGGAAUGCCUCAUCGCACAGGAAGUAUGCCACACAGAGAAAUCAUAUUUGAAAAUGGUGGUAAAGAUUCACAGGACCCAGACCUGGGUGUGAUCUUUUUUUGACGCGGAGAAAAAAUGAAAAAUUACACGGGACAAAAGAAAAAGAAAAAUAUGAUGAAAUUGUGAAGACUGUCAAGUCCAAUCCAUCCCUUUCAAAUCUUGAGAUUGCUGAAAAACAUUUUGGACCACAACGACAUGGUUGCGUUUAUGGUUAUGGAGGUGGAGUGAAGCGAAAACACUUCAAGGAUCACAAAACGGCAUACAUCACAGAUCUAGAGGCCAAACUACGUAAGAAGGAUGAAGAAAACCGGGACCUCAAGAUACGUGUGGAUAAAAUUGAGAACAGGUUAAAUCAAAUAGAGAUGAGUGAAUCAUCAUUAGGAGAGCAACCUUCAACUCCUAGUAGUGACACUCCUAAGGAUUCCUAGAAUGCAAGAGUUUAGGGUUAGCAAGAGAUCACGAGUUCAAGCAGUGGUACCAAACUGCAUAUUUCAAGUUUUGAGGCUGCAUGAGAAGCAAACUUAAUUAUUAGGUUUAUAACAAUGAUCAGUAGUAUUUUGUAGUGUUAUUUUGCUUUUUAGAGUGAGUUUCUCAUGUAUGCAUUUUCAGAAUUGGUCAUCCAGUACAGACUUGUUAUUGAUGAUCAUAUGAAUAUUACUUUUGUGCUUGAAUGAAAAUAUACAAUUAUCAUUCAAUCUCCUUGAGCCGAACAUAUGAAUACUAUUAUAUAU